UUCAGCUGCUGCAGGGAACCACUGGCCAGAAGGCAACACUGAACCCCACAUAGAAAACAUCACCUUUGAUCAGAAUCAAGUGGACUUUUCAACAGUGGUCUCCAAAGAAGGUGUGAUGGUUCAGACCCCCAGAAAGAGGCAUGCUUCUUCAGAUGCGCCAGAAAACUUCACUCCACAAACUGAAACGGCAGCUGCUAGAGGAAGAAAUGACUCUUCAAGGACAACAAAUUUCACCAUUUCCCCUGUUGGGGCUGAGAGAUCCACAGCUCUGACUUCCCAGAGCAUCACCUUAGCCUUGGGAGGGCGUCCCCCGCCAUCCAGCAGUGCAGGGUCAGAAGGCAGAACUGCCCCUUCUCACACGGAAAGCAGCACGUCCUGGGGCUCCCCAGCGAGGGGGCAGGGGCUCCCAGAAGCAAUGACUCUGCACACCCAAGUGGUGGCCACUUCGGUUGUGAGCCAGUCCUCUCUUCCUGCUGUGGAUGUGGGAGAAGAGACCACGCUCCCCAGGCAGAGAAAUUCCUCAAGACCAGAGCAAUCCUGGCUGCCUUUCUCCAGGACACCGGUUUACUCCCCUCCCUCCAGCAGUCCCACACCUUCUGAAAGCACAGAGGAUUUAAACAAUUCCACUGCUCUCCCAAGCAUCUCGGUCAGUGGGACAGGGAGUGUGCAGGUUGCCACCAUGUUCCCCAACGGUGCCCCAAGGAUGCUCCAGUCUUUAAGCGUCAGUCUGGGACCUCCACCUGAGACAGAGCAUUUCUCUGAGGACUCUGAAACUGCUGCAACUUCAGCAUCAGUUCAUUCUUCACCCUCUGGGGCAGACUUAAGAAGAAACGGUGGAGAAAUCGGGAGCCUGGGGGAGAGGAAACUCAUUGAGCCAUCCACAGAAAAUGGAUUUGGCCUCACAUCUUCUGAGGUCUCAGUGGUGCUUUUGCAAAAUGAUUCCCUAACCUCAGGAGGACACCAGCUUGCCAGCCGCUCUGAGGCAGGGAGUAGAAGCCCUGUGUCUCAGACUGAGACUGCGCCUCAGCCAGCCCCGUCGGUCAGAGGGGGACAGAGCACGGCCCACUGGUCCUCCACCAACCGAGGGACGUUCACAGAUGUGACCAGAAGUGUUACUUCCCAUCCUCAAGUUGUGAACUCUUCAGUUUGGAGCCAGUUCUCGGCCUCUGCCCCACAGUCUAGAGGAAGUGACACAGCGCUGGGUGACAGGAGUUCCUCUGAGCCGGCCACCGAGUCCUUGUCUUCAUCUUCGUCUUCCUCAGAAAGCCUGGACUCCUGGGCACCACAUGGGGAACGCUGGACCACUGAGGACAGUCCCGAGCUGGCAGUCAGGCCCGAAGCAGAGGAUUGGACUUCGGAGGGGGCGUCCGAAGCCCACGCUCACAGCCCGCACACUUGGGCCACUCUCAUUGGAGUCGGAGAGCGCACACUGCGGUCUGUCACCAACCGGAGCACGGCUUCUGAGCUUGUGUGGCUCUGGGCGGCGGAGACCACGCCCAGGGAGACGACCACGCCCAGGGAGGCCGAGAGCGCCACUCAGCCCGGGAACGUGACCGCGACCGGUGACGGCCACCUGGCCUCGGGGUCUCUGGCGGCCUCGCGUGCCCUCGGAGUCACUGGAAUUGGCUACGAUCAGGUGGGAGGCACAGAUGUUGAACACAGGAGUUCCAGCGACCACACCGACCACACCUAUGUUUCAGCUACAUUCACCAAAGGAGAACGGACGCUAUUGUCCAUUGCAGACAACAGCUCAUCCUCUGACCUGAGGGAGAGUUCGACCUUUUCUGUUAAGAUCUCAAACUCUUCACAUUUAGAUUCUUCUUCCUCUUCUCAGGCUCAGAGUGAAAGAAGUCACGUCUCAUCCCACGAAGGGGAAUCUGCUCAGCCUUCCACUGAGUCACUGGUUCUGCGCACAACCAACCUUCUGUCCUACACAGCCACCGUUAGUGAACCACGGAACACGCUGGUUCCUCUGAACGCUUAUGCUAAACCUGACCCAUCACCCUCUUCGUCAGGGCUGCCUGGACUCCAGCCCUCUGUGUCACAGUCCUACCACGCAUUCCCGUCAGCCUUGACAGCAGCCAGGGCCUCCACUCAUCCACAGCAGUCCAUGCCUGAUGCGCCCACACGUGUGUCUUCCUUACCAGCCUCUUCACCAGCAUCACUGACGGCAUCCACCCCUUCUUCGCCGUCUGUCUUACAAACAGUCCUCCCACCUACAUCUUCUACCCUGGUCCUGCCUAGGGCCAGGGACGCUCCUGUGACUUCAGUUCAGAUGUCGACAGUGGCAUCAUCCAUGGAAGUGCUCCCCAGUAGUCAAACAGCAGAGCCUAAGAACCAGAGCAGCCCACACCUCGAGAAAAUCAUUACGGAAUCAAAGCCACCACACCUGGAGGCUCUGCCCAUGGAGGCCACAGAAGCUGUCACAGUGAGGUCUACUCUGGGGCUCCCCUUGGCCCCGGCCUUAACAGAGGCCUCCAAUGAACAAACCCUUCCAGCCACAAGCACCAGUUUAGCCCAAACGUCUCCAGCUGUGGCAGCCACCACUCUCCAGGCCUCUCAUCCCCCAGUGCCCAGCCCCAGCCCCACAUCAAGCACAACAGCUCAGAUGGGUGGCCGCACAGCAGUACAGACGGUGGUUGGAAAACAGUUCCUACCAACCAGUCCCGAAAUUCUUGUGGUACAAGUCUCAACUGAAGGUGCUGUCACCACAGAGAGGAGCCAGGUGCUCAUAGAUGCUACCACCAGAUCAGUCCCCGUAACCAUCGCCCCCACAUCAACAAAAGAAUUGACCACAGAGCUUGGCCUUACAGAAGAGUAUAGCCCAGCUUCACAUUUCCUGAGAACAUCUCCCCAAACCACACACGUUUCUACGGUAGAAGUGGUGACUCCUAAGUUGACCACCUCCGCCACUCAGAGCCGCACCCAGUCACCCGCAGGACCGCCAUCUCCAGCCUCAGUUAACAGCUGUGCCACUAACCCUUGUCUUCAUGAUGGGAAAUGCAUCAUGGACUCCACCAGCCGUGGGUACCGAUGUCUGUGCUCACCUUCCUGGCAAGGGGAUGACUGCAGUGUGGACGUGAAUGAGUGCCUCUCAAGCCCCUGCCCACCCCUGGCCGUGUGCAACAAUACUCAGGGAUCCUUCACCUGCAGAUGCCCAGUGGGGUAUCAGCUGGAAAAAGGGAUAUGCAAUUUGGUUAGGACCUUCGUGACAGAGUUUAAAAUAAAGAAAACGUUUCUUAAUACUACCGUGGAAAAACAUUCAGACCUCCGUGAAGUUGAAAAUGAGAUCACCAAAACGUUAAAUAUGUGUUUUUCAACAUUGCCUGGUUACACCCGAUCCACAGCUCAUGCUUCUAGGGAGUUCAGUGCGGUGGUGAUGUCACUCCAAGCCACCUUUUCCCUGGCCUCCAAUGUGACGCUGUUUGACUUGGUCGACGGGAUGCAGAGAUGUGUCAACUCCUGCAGGUCCUCUGCUGAGCUCUGCCAGCUCUUGGGGUCUCAGAGGCGGCUCUUCAGAGCGGGCAGCUUGUGCAAGCGAAAGACUCCAGAAUGCGACAAAGAGACCUCCAUCUGCACCGAUCUGGACGGGGUUGCCCUGUGCCAGUGCAAGUCCGGCUACUUCCAGUUCAACAAGAUGGAUCACUCCUGCCGAGCGUGUGAAGAUGGAUACAGGCUUGAAAAUGAAACCUGUAUGAGUUGCCCAUUCGGCCUUGGUGGUCUCAACUGUGGGAACCCCUGGUGUGUGUCCUCGCCCCUGCGUGUGGUCCCUCUGACCUGCUGGAGCAGCAUCUCCCAGGAGCUGGCUGCACGUGCAGAAUUCCGGGCCUCUCCACUCCAGACCUGUUGCGUCAGAAUCUGAAUUUUAAGCAGACCCCUAGACUUAGUGAAUAUGCAGAUUUGUAUACAUACCAGAGUUGAAGAAGCACUACACCGUUGUAAAUAAAGGUGUUAGAACAUUUGUGUGUAGUUCUAUACGUAUGUAUGUAUUUUCACUUGUCUUAUAUUAGUAACUCAACGUACAAUGCCCAAGUCAUAGAUAGGUGAAUGUUUGACUUAUGAAACUGCCAAGCUGUGACCUAAAAUCGUUGUUUGUGUUUAUAUACCCAGCAGGCGUAUGUAAAAUGCUUCCACAGUGUUGCCAAUACUUAAUAGGGUCAGUCUUUUGAAUUUCCUUAAACUUUUAAUUUAAGGAAGCAGUAGUUUUAAUUGCAUCCCCCUAAGGAUUCAUAACGUUGAGCAUUUUUUUCAUGUUUUUAUUUGCCAUCUGUGGAUAUUCUUAGUAAAAUGUCUGUUCAUACCUUUUGUCUAUUUCUACUUUCAUUAGCAAAUAAAUAGUUCAUUUUUUACCCUAAAAAAAAUACGCACAGAAUAUAGUGUUUUGUAACCUGCUUUUAAACCUAGUAAACUGUGCAGUGUUUUCAUUUACAUGAUCUUAUAAUGUCACUCUUGACAGUUCUGUGGAAUUCUCCUCUCUGGAGAUACCAUAAUUUACUUAACCAUUCCCCUCUUAUUAUCAAUUUAAUAUCUUCUUUUAUAUUCUCAUCCUCUACGCCAUUCUUCUGUUUGUGGUUAAUGUCACUUUGUGAUUGUAGAACUCACAUAAUUCCUAGAUUACCUCUCUCUGGCCGCCGACAUUUUUUUCCACCCCUCUUUCUUAUCCACAACAGGUCCUUUUGUAGGUCAUCUUUUCCAUUCACAUGCCCUAUGUGUGCCCCGUGUCUCUCCAGUGGAUAUUCCUUCCCCACCAGGCUCCCAGCAUGGCCAGCGAGGAUGUAGAGCCUGUUUUUCCCCAUGUCUGGGUCUCUUCAUCCUCUUCCAGUGAAACUGGAACAUUCAACCUAAAGAUUUCUCUGCAUUGUCCCCAUCACCUCAACCUACAGUCAGGUGGCAUGUGUGUAAAGCAUCCUCUAAUAGUCUUCACCUUGUCGUUACGUUGGUCUUAAAAAGAACUCAUUCCAGAGGCAAUGCCAUGUGUUAGCAGGAGUUACUCAUAAUAAACAUUCAGAAAGAUAGUGCUAAACAUAGGAGGAAGGAGAGUUCAUUAGUUAUCCAGAAGUCCGCUGGAAGCCUCAUACAGCUGAAAGCAGAUACCUCACUCAGUCUUGACGGGCCUCACCCCGUGUCAGAACUGAAAGGAAGUGGCCUGGGAGAGGCGCGUGCUGCCCUGUAUCUGCUCUUGAGUGCUAUGGCCAUGUCGCAGCCUGUAGACAAAUUUUGAAAGCUACAGAGGAAAAGAAAAAAGAAUGCUUUCUGAAGGAAAGAUGGUGCAAGGGGAGUGGAAAGAUUUAAAAGGCAGAAUUCUAACCACAUGUAGCUAAUGAGCUCAGUGAGGGGGAGAUAGGGAGAACUAAAUGAACUUCAAAAUAAAAUCAAUGUGGUGACCUAGAAAGGUCUGUAAUGAGUGUAAGAGUUUUAAAGGAAGACGUAUGGGUUGGUACAAUUCUGACACCAAUUCCGAUGUGUGUUUUUUCCACAUCACUAGGCCAAUUAACUCAAUUCUGACACUAUCUCUGGGUAGAUCCCGCAGGUUGGGGGCUCAGUCCACAAGACUUCCCUUCCCUGCUCCCCCAUCAGAUACCAGUCCCAAGGCCAGGUUGUUACCUGUGCGUUUGACCGGCUGGCUCUAGAUUGGAGGUUCCAGUGACCCCACCUCCUUGGAUUCAAGUAAUUUGCUAUACUGGGUCACAGAACUCAGGAACGUUUUACUUCCUAGGUUACCAGUUUAUUAUGAAAGGAUUUAACUCAGAAACAGCCAGAUGGGAGAGAUGCCCAGGGCAAGGUUUGGGGAAAGGGCCCAGGACUACCAUGCUGUCUCCCAGCCCGGCACUCUCCCCUCAUCUCCACAUGUUCACCAACCCGGAUGCUCUCUGGACAUCAUCCUUUGGGUUUUUGUAGGGGCUUCAAUACACAGGCAGGAUUGAUUAAAUCAUUGGCCAUUGGUGAUUGAACUCAAUCUUGAGCCCCUCUCCCCUUCCAGAAGUUCAGUGUGAUGGGACUGAAAGUUCUAACCGUCUGCUCAUUGGUUGGUCUCCCUGGCAACCAGCCUCCAUCUAUAGGUUACCUAACGGCUUUCCAGAAGUCACCUGAUUGACUUAACAAAAGACACCUUUACUCCUCUCAAGCCUUAGGAAAUCCCAGUUUUAGGAGCUGUACCAGGAACAAGGACAGAGACAGAUAUAUCUUGCAGAUCAGUGUCACAGAUGGCCAAGGUUCUUCUGGAGUAAAUUCACCUAGCUAGCUUAAACAACCAAGACAGUUUAUUGGCAGGAUCCUGGAGUGAGUCAUGGAAUUCAGCAUCAGGAGUUGCAAGCAUCAGGGAACUGUGGGGAAGCACAGCAGCUGGAGGUUGGGCCCUCUUCUCAGAGCACAUGGUACCACAGCCCCAUCGUCCUCUCUCGCCUCCGCUCUUGCGGUGUGUCUGUGCACAGGCUUUCUUCCUCACAAGACAACAUGAUGGCAGAUAGGCUCGCCUAACAGCUUUGAGUGUAUGUCAUUGGUUCAGUCCUUUUGAAAGAGAAGAUUCUCCCUCUUUCCCACACUGAGAUUCCUGGGAAGAAACUCAUUGAUCCAAUUUGGAUCACGUGUUUACUCCCAGACUGAUCCACUGUGGCUGGUGUGUCAUGCACAAGCAUGACCACCCGCACUGUGCCCGGCAUGUGGAGGUCCCAGAAGGGAGUUGGCUAAGCAGACAGUUCUGUAGAUUCCAUCCAAAUAAACAUAUCAGCAAAGACAGCUACAGCAUAUAGGAAAGGUGAAGGCCCAGACUGGGUUGGUUUAACGAAAAAUGCCAGCAGCAAUGACAGCAACAUCAACCUGUGACUAAAGCACAAGAAGAAUAAGGGAGGACAGAGCCCUUGCUUGGGAAAGACUGCGAAAUGUCAACAAAUGUCUAAGACAAAGUAAGACUGAGAAUUCCAGGCUCAUCAUUCUGGAAGAUCUCUUCGAGCAGGGAGGAUAGGACAGACAAACCCAGGACAACACUCAUUGCCUUCACUCUCAUCUUAAUUAGCAAACAUUCAGGGAACCUGCGGGCCUAGUGAGCGUUACAGGAGGUGUUGAUUUAAAUCCCAGGCAUUGUGCAUCGUCAUGUGACCUCAUCGUAAAUCUAAAGACAGUCUUUAAGUGCAAACGAUCGGUUGUAGUUCAUGAGCUGACUUGACCACAGGUAUGAGAAAAAAGUCCUGUGGGUUAUAUUGUCCGUAAGCUUGUUACAAAUACCCACUGACAUGGCUUCCAAAGAACAUCAAACAACUCUUUGAGCAAUAUAUGUGUAUAAAAUAAAUGAUAUGGAUGUAUACUGUUGACUGAAAAAAAAUGUAGAACCUAGAAGUUGAGACUUAUGUUUUAUUUGGCAGACUUUCUGAGGACUUAAGCCUGAAAGACAGCCACCUCUCAGAUCGCUCUGAGGGACUGCCCUGAAGAGGUAGGGGAGGAACCAGGAUAUAUAGGAAUUUUCCAACAAAAGCCAGUUAGUGGGAACAUCAAAAGAUUACUGUUAAUUAAAGAAAACCAGAUAUCUCAUUCCCUUGAUGUGCCCCUUAGUGAUCUAGGGCCUGGAUCCUGCUUUUCUCCACCCUGGGUCCCCUCAGGGUGCACAGUUGGGGCGGCUGCAGUGACUUCUGGCUUGAUGGUCACAACUUCCUUUAUUUACUGAUACAGCAGGCAAUACUCUUUGUCCACAAUACACAUACAAUGUCUAGAUAUUUAGAGGAGGUUGUGUGUAUGUAAACACAUGAAUAAAAUGUGGGAAACAGAGAAAAGCUUGGAGAAGAAAGCACAAGGCUGUCAUCACCCGAGGCAGCACUAACAUCUGAGUAUUUUUGUGAAUUCCCUCCUGGGCGCUUUCUCUGUUCUCCUCUCUACUGUAUUUUACAAUCUUAUCGGUCCACAGUAGACUCCUUAAAAAAAAAGGAGAGAAGGAAAUUAAAGAUAGCUGGUGCCUGG